UGUAACAUUAUAUAUAAUAUAUACAGGUUGAAAUAGAAACACUGAUGCAGUACAAUUGGAGUCAAUUUAAUUAUUAUUAAGCUUCAAUGGCACACUUUACAUUCGUCCUGCUGUGUACAUUUAUACUUUCCACACUGUUCAGUAAUGUGGUUGAGGCUACUGAAGAAUUGAACGUGAAAACACUUUAUGGUUGGGUGGAAGGAACCACACGAAGAGCAUUGGAGUCAAAUAGAGAUGUUUAUUCUUUUUUCGGAAUCCCAUAUGCAAGAUCACCCGAUUACACAUUCCGAUUUCGACCUCCAGUUGACCCUUGGGUGUGGGAGGGAGUAAAAGACACAACAAAUCAAAACGUCCCUUUCUGUAGCCAGGAUCCAGUGUUACUAAAAAAUCUGCGACAAGACACUUGGUUCAGCUACGUCAUUGAUGCGAACAACACAAUGAAAGAAGACUGCUUGACUGUGAAUGUUUUUUCGCCAACCAAACCAUCUAAGGUGCAACAGACCAAAAAAUUGCCAGUUCUAGUUUGGAUUCAUGGCGGUGGUCUUUCUUUCACCGCCACAACCAAUAAACUGUGGAUGCUACCAGCCUUCGAGGAUGUGGUGGUAGUUACAAUUCAGUACAGAUUAGGUGUGUUUGGAUUUCUCACCUUGGAAGAUAACUGGGCACCUGGAAACACCGGGUUGUUGGACCAGGUCAAAGCAUUGGAAUGGGUCAGAGAUAAUAUUCAAGCUUUCGGAGGGGACCCUGAAAAAGUCACAAUAUUCGGGCAAUCUUCCGGAGGCUUCUCUGUUUCUGCCCACAUGUUGUCGCCAAGGAGCAGGGGUUUAUUUCACCGAGCUUUUGCCAUGAGUGGUGUGGCUAUACUACCUUAUAACGACCCGGAAUUUUCAAAGAAAAAUCCAGCUGCAGAUGCACUUAAAUUAGCUGAAAAGUUAGGGUGUGAGUUUUGGGACAACGCACACACUUCUACUUGCCUACGUAACCAUGUCACUACCAGUGAAAUGUUGGCAGCAACAAAAUCACUUCAAAUGCGUUUUGGUACAAACAUUGAUGUCGAUUUUUUCCCUGAUUUUCCCCGCCAUCGGUUGACAGCAAACGCAUUCAACAAAUCAAUUCCUCUCAUGCUUGGUGUAGUGAGCGGAGAAAUGGAUUUUAUUCUUGGGGAAAAAAUGAUUCCAAAUUAUAAUAAAGUGUCAUCUCACACGCCAAAAUCAGCUGAGUCAUUAAUUCGCAAUGACUUAGCAAAAUAUCACCCACAACUGAAAAACCCUGACAGAAUCGUAAGGGAAUAUCUUACCAACAUUAAACCAGGAAUUGACACUGUAAAAGCUGAAUCUGACUACCUUACAGACUCAUGGUACACCUCUAAACUAGUCACUGUAGCUAAUGCUCAUAAAGGUGCUGGAGGCACUGUGUAUAUGUAUGAAUUCACCAAGCAGCCUUCACUGAACCAAGGUCUCAAACCCAGACCAGUUGACUUUAAACGGGCUGAUCACUGCGACGAUAUGAUCUUUUUUCAAGGAAUCCCCUUUCUUCCUGGGUUAAAGGAACGGGGUCUUACUUUCACCCAAGGUGAAAAAGACCUGAGCAGAAAGUUAAUGAAUUUGCUUGCAAAUUUUGCGAGAAAUGGGUCUCCAAACAGUAUUGGUUCGGUUUCAUGGCCGCAGUACCCUGAAUAUGUUCUGAUAAAUGAUACCAUGUCUGUACACAGCGGAUUCCGAGAGCAAAAAGUGAAACUUUUCUUUGAAAAUUAGGCUCAGGAGCUUUAUAUACUUCAUAAUUCCUUGAUUGCACAUAAGUCUUAUAACUUCACCCUUUAAUUACAGUGCUAUAGUUAAUUCAGUUUUAAAUAGCCGCGUUUUUAGUUUACACGUUAUUGAGUUAACCUGUUUUUAAUGCAGAUAGAAAAUUUUGUUGCAGAUUAUGUUAUUCAGUAUAUUACGAAAUCUUCACUUAUAAUGCUGUGUUAGUCGAUUUAAACUGCAGAUACCCCGUGUGGUAUUUGAACCUGUUACCUAUUACAUGUUCUUCCGCUAACUACCUAGUUAGAAUAUCAGAACCAUAUAGGCAUGGGUUUUGCUAUGCAAUGAAGCUGCUUCCAUUCUGUAUUAUUUAUGCAGGCGUUUGUUCCUUAUAUGUUUUAUAUUUAAUCAAAUACAUGUUUACCCGAUUGCUGUAAUUUGUAAUACAAUUUCGCUAUAUAUGUUUAGUGUAAUUGAUGCUAUUAAUAUAAUACACCCACAAGAUC